ACUUUAGAAAGUAUUUUUUUUAUGUGUUUGUGAAUUAAUCCUUUGCUAAUACAUUAUUCACGAUUUAAAGGAAUUUUUAUCACCGGUACUCAAGAUAAUAAUGAUAUACCGUGUGCUUGCACGCGUGUUUUUGGCAAUGUUUAUUGUGUAAAACGUGAAGUACAAGUUAAUUGUAGAAAAAUGUUUUCCAGAUUUUAUAAUUUGUCUCACAGAACUGCAUGUAUUCAGUUUACUCAACUGCAAAGGUGCUACAGAAGUUCUAAAAAGAAAAGUAAUGUCAAGCGUUUCGAGGCACCAAAAGAUAUAAAAGGAGAGAUACCGAUAAUUGUUUGCAAACGAAAAGAAUUCAAUUUUUAUAAGGAGCAAGAAUAUUCCAAAUAUGAACCGAUACCAUUGGCUAGUAAAGGAUGGCAUCAUUAUAAAUCCAAAGGAGAUUUUUUCUAUAUAUAUCCUCUCACAAAUGUAACAAAAGAAGCAUAUAGUGAAUCGCUUAAUACGUAUAAUGAAGCGUUUAAUGAAAAAAAAGAAAAAGAAGAAGAAGCAUAUGAUUCAUUUGAACGUUUUGGCUUAAAUCCACAACUAACAGAUAUCUUAAAAAGAUACAAUAUAACGAAACCUCUAAAGAUACAGAAAAUUGGAAUACCCAAAAUACUAAAUGGAGCUAAUACUGUUAUAGCGGCAGAAACUGGUUGUGGAAAAACAUUAACCUAUCUUCUACCUAUGAUAGAAGAAAUUUUGGGAUGGAAAAAAUUAACAGGUCGUCGUUACAAUGCUCCAUUAGGAUUAAUUGUGACACCUUCUCGAGAAUUGGCGUUUCAAAUAGGGUUGGAAGCAAAGAAAAUAUGUCAGUAUCUUGGUAUUCAUACAAAAACUAUUACUGGUGGAAAAACAAAGAAAAUGAUGUUAAAUCCACCUGUAGGAGAAGUUGAUAUCAUUGUAGCUAGUUUUGGAGUCAUCAGCAAAUUAACUACAACCAAGAUUUAUAAAUUAAAUAUGGUUAGGCAUCUUGUAUUGGAUGAAGCAGAUGCUUUAUUUCACGAGACGUUUGAAGAUCAACUGCGAGUAUUCUUGAGAAGAGUGCCACUCGGCUUCACGCAAAAUCCAGAGAAUACUGAAUUACCAAUCAGUGCUCAAUUCACAUUAGCAUCUGCAACAAUGCCUUCAAGAAUGUCAAACGUUCUAGAGGAUAUCGUAAACGUGGAAUCAUUGCAACAUAUAAAAUCGGACAAAUUGCAUCACAUUCUCGUGCCUCAAAAAUUUAUAAGGGUAGGUCCAAGUGACAAACCGACUGCACUUUUGAAAUAUAUUAAACCAAAAAUAGCUAAUAAAGAGCAAGUAAUUAUUUUUAACAAUAAUAAUAGCACUUGCAAUUGGGUCAGUAUGUUCCUGAACAAUAGCAACAUACAAACAGUUUCUUUAAAUGGCGAUAUGCAGUUAUAUGAUAGGCAAAAGAAGUAUGCCGAUUUCAAAAGCGGUAGAUGUAACGUAUUGUGCACUACAAACGCUGGAUCUAGAGGUUUGGAUACAGUGACUGUACGUCACGUGUUGAAUUAUGAAUUUCCAUAUGCAACGGCUGAUUACAUUCACAGAUGUGGUAGAACGGGAAGAGUCGGUAAUGUUAAGGACUGCAGAGUGGACAGUUUUAUAAGCACUAUGAAUGAAAUCGUUGUAGUGCAAAAAAUAGAGAGAGCGAUACGAAAGUCGAAACCGAUACCGAUAUUCGAUAUCUACAAGCCGAAGGAAGAGGAUGAUGUUUACGAGCCAUUUGGUUCACCAAUUGAAACGGAAAAAGAAUUUAGCAUACCUUACUGA